AGAAAGCUAUGUCUUGCGGAAGCAGGGUGGGGGAGGGUUUCCGGCGCGGGAGGGGGAAAUGUUCUUUUCCAGCACGAGAGCACGAUAUCUCACGGCUGGGGCAGGCACAUCUUUUUUUUUUUUGGAAUGGACUGUGAUGAUUUCAUUAAAGUCGAUGAUCAACGAGGGAGCAGAGAGACGUCCGCAGGACCAUUUCGUACGCUCCAGAACCCGUUUUUCUCUCACUACGCUGCUCUGCGAGGAAAUGUCUUUUGGGUUCUUUUACUCCGUAGGACUCGGCACGAUACCCCCCGGCCCUGGGCAAAUCAACAAAAAGCUACAUUCACACUGCACCCAUUCUCGCCCCUCUUUGCUAUCACCGUCGUCGUUCUAUUCAGAGACUAUCAUUGGUCUUCUGGGAUACAGGGGGGGGGAUCAAACACACCGAGGGCCCGGAGAGCGCCGGUUGUGAAGAAGGGAAGGGAUGAAGAACGAAAGACGAGUCCUAAGAAUACGGAGAAGAAGAAAUGUCUCUACAAACCUGUAUGAUAGUAUAUCCGCGUGUGCGCGCCCCCUUGCGAUUAUUGUUCUUCCCCCCAUUCACCGUCUUCGUACCCAGAACUACCACUACUAGAAAGUCAGGACCUGACGAAUUGCUAAUCUUUUCAAAA